GAUAUGACGGGCCAUGGCGACGUGAGCAGCAACGUGAGCAGCAGCGUGGCGUGGACCGACGCCGAGUGGGCACUGCGCAUCGGCGGCAUCGUGCUCCUCGUCGUGCUCGCGGCGACCUUCUCGGGCCUCACGCUCGGCCUCAUGUCGCUCGACAAGGUCGGCCUUGACAUUGUGAUUGCGACUGGCGACGACAAGCUUGCGACACCGGAAGAGAAGAAGAACGCUACGUACGCGCGCCGCAUCCAGCCGGUGCGCAACGACGGCCACCUCCUGCUGACGACGCUGCUCUUUGGGAACGUGGCCGUCAACUCGAUCAUGGCCAUCGUCAUGGCCGACAUGACCUCCGGGCUGCUUGGCUUUCUCGUCACGACGGUCGUGCUCGUCAUCUUUGGCGAGCUCAUUCCACAAGCCUUUUGCUCCAAGCACCCGCUCGCCAUCGGCGCCAAGACGCUGCCCGUGGUCCGCGUCAUCAUUGCGCUCUUCUACGUUUUCGCCAAGCCCAUUGCGCUCGCCCUCGACUGGCUCGUUGGAAAAGACAUGGGCAAUUACUUUACGAAAUGCGAGCUCACCAAGAUGCUCGAGAUCCAUCUCAAACAAAAGAUGCUGGAUGUCGACGAGAUCAACAUCAUGAAGGGCGCUCUGCAGUACAAGGCGACGCCGGUCGCACGAGUGAUGACGCCGAUCGCAUCGGUCUACACCCUGUCGUCGUCCACGCUCCUCACGCGCGAUGUGCUCGAAGAGAUGUACCAGUCGGGCUUUAGCCGCAUUCCAGUCUGGACCCGCGACAUCAACGACAUCAUCGGCGUCGUCCUCGUCAAAGAUCUGAUUUUUGUCGACCCGGUGGAGGCGACGCCACUGCUGCAUUUCGUGCACAUUUUUGGCCGCACCGUACACCGCGUGUGGCCCGAGUCGCCGCUCGCCGACGUCCUCCGCGCCUUCAAGAUGGGGCGCACGCACUUGGCCGUUGUCCACGCCGUCAACAACGACGGACCUGGCGACCCGUACUACGAGACCAAAGGCGUGGUCACACUGGAAGAUAUCGUUGAAGAGAUUCUGCAAGACGACAUUUAUGACGAAAACGAUGUUGUGGAUGCAGACAUUGCGCGCCGCAACCGCAUGCUGAACCGGCCGAGCUUCGACACGAGCGUCCGCUACGAGAUGCAGGCAGCCUCGACCAAAUUCAUCAACGCGGCCGAGGCCAUGGCGCUCGCCCAGCACUUGGCAGCCAAGCACGCCGUGUUUGCCCUGCCCGAUGCCACCGGCCAACCCAUGACGCCGAGGCGGCUAUCCGCGCUCUUGGAGAAGAGCCCCAUCGUCGAGUACCACACGCGCGGGGACACGGUGGUCACGCUCGGAAGCAAUCUGACGCACUGCCUCGUCGUCUUGGACGGUCGCUUGCAAGCUGCGGGUGCGAGUGCCACAGAGACGCUUGGACUCUGGGGCGUUCUUGGCGCCAACAGCCUCGUGCUCGCCGAAGGUGCGUACGUCAGUGAUGUGACGGCCACCGUCGAGACCGAAUAUGCGCGCUGCCUCAAGCUCGCGCGCGUCGAGUUCCAAGCGCACUUGCACGCGAUGGUGCUCAACCGAACACCGGCCACGCUCGAGAAGCGCCGGCGCGAGUCGAUCCUCGCUGCCUCCAAGGACGUCAAGGAAGAGGAAGUCCGCAUCGCGUUCGCAUCCGUGUAGCUCGCAGCUCGGCCACAUUUGAGCUCAUGAAAUGGAUCCUCGGAUGUCGA